CUUGCCGUGUCUUUUCUGGGGCGGCUGAGACUUUUCAGUGUGUGUAUGUAUGUGUGUGUGUGUAGAUGUGCGAAUGGGUGUCUGUGUGCUGGAAAGUGGGAGCGGCGGUAAUAAGGUGCGUGUGAAGCCGCCCUGUCCCGGGCGGAGACGGAGUUUCUCGAAACUACAAGCAAUUCAUAGAGAAUACUGCAGACCUUCAAUGUGAAACCAACACUUCUGCUUGAUAUACAUAUUUUAGUACAAAUUUUGUUUUUUACUUUUAAAAGAUGAACCUUUUCCAGAAUAUGAAAACUUGGAAAUAAUCACUGUUCUCUUUUUUUCUCAUCAUUGUUAAAUGAUAGAAGAAUUCCUGAAAACAGAAUAACAUUAUUCAAGGCAGUACUUAUGACCUGAGACACUAAUUAUCUUUAAAAAAACUGACACAUAUUAACAUUUAUUGUAACUAUUUAUAUACUGAAUUGUGAAGUGCACUAUUUCUAAGUGGGGUGAUUUCAUAUUACUCUCUCCAUGCACAAAACCAACUCUACAGUUGUCUCAAAAGCAAAAUGAAGAUUUUCUGUGAAAAAAUAUUGUAUAUUUCUGUUUCUGAAGUGAACAAUUUUAUAAUGAUGUAAGCAACUCCCAAUAUCUGGAUGUGGUGCUAAAGACAACUCAUUUUUGACACCAGCUGUACAAAGAGGACCUUUCCUUAAAAUAAUUUUUAGCCAAAUUUAUACUUGCCAGCAUGCACAGAAUGAAAAGGAGAGUGAAGUUGAUUUAGACAAGAGGAUUUUCCUUGAACCAUAGAAGGAAAAUGUGAGAUUCAACUUGCAACAGUUCAGAAAAAAUUUUUUUGUCUGUAUGUUGAACAGGUCUUGGUGGAUUUAAAUCAACUCAGAUGUCCUCAAACGAACCUUCUCCUCCAUCUUUACAGAAGUUUUCUCCAUCUGUGUCUCAUGCUACUGCUCCACCUACACCAUCUUUAUCCUCAAGUCCACAAUCUGGACUCUCAGGCCGACUUUCCAAUGGCAGCUUCAGCACACAAAGCCUCACCAACUCCAGAGGAUCUGUACAUGGAAUCUCUUUUUUGCUGCAGAUUGGUCUCACUCGAGAAACUGUUACAAUUGAUGCUCAAGAUCUCUCCCUAUCUGUUGUUAAAGACCUAGUGUGCUCUGUAGUUUAUCAAAAGUUCCCAGAGUGUGGGUUUUUUGGCAUGUAUGAUAAAAUUCUCCUAUUUCGCCAUGAUCUGAACUCAGAAAAUAUUUUACAGCGCAUUACGUCAGCAGAAGAGAUAAGGGAAGGUGAUCUUGUUGAGGUUGUUCUGUCUGCAUUAGCUACAGUUGAGGAUUUCCAGAUUCGACCUCACAUGCUUUACGUUCAUUCCUAUAAGGCCCCUACUUUUUGUGACUAUUGUGGAGAGAUGCUUUGGGGCUUGGUACGGCAAGGACUGAAAUGUGAAGGGUGUGGAUUAAAUUAUCACAAGCGAUGUGCUUUUAAAAUUCCAAAUAACUGCAGUGGGGUAAGAAAGAGACGGCUAUCUAAUGUGUCUUUACCAGGAGCUGCACUUUCUGUCCCAAGAUCUGUACAAACUGAUUCUACGUCCAUAGAAGAGCGUUGUCAUCCAGAACCUAGUAAAAGGAUUCCUUCGUGGAGUGGGCGUCCAAUAUGGAUGGAAAAAAUGGUUCUUUGUCGUGUGAAAGUCCCACAUACCUUUGCUGUUCAUUCUUAUGGUCGACCCACCAUAUGUCAGUACUGCAAGCGAUUGCUUAAAGGUCUUUUUCGACAAGGAAUGCAAUGUAAAGAUUGCAGAUUUAAUUGUCAUAAACGCUGUGCCUCUAAAGUACCUAAAGAUUGUCUUGGAGAAGUAGUCUUCAAUGGAGAAGAACCAGCUAGCCCAGGCCAAGAUACUGAUAUGCCAAUGGAGGUUGAUAGCAGUGAAAUGAAUAGUGAUGUUGGGAAAGGAUUGGAUGAUGUGGAAGAACCAUCUCCUCCAGAAGACAAAAUGUUUUUUAUGGAUCCAGCAGAUCUUGAUGGAGACAAAGAUGAAGAGGCUGUAAAAACUAUCAGCCCAUCCACAAGCAAUAACAUUCCAUUAAUGAGAGUUGUACAGUCGGUCAAACACACAAAGAGGAAGAGCAGUACAAUGGUAAAAGAAGGAUGGAUGGUUCACUACACAAGUCGAGACAAUCUGAGAAAAAGGCAUUACUGGAGAUUAGACAGUAAAUGUCUUACGCUAUUUCAAAAUGAAUCUGGGACAAAAUAUUACAAGGAGAUUCCACUUUCUGAAAUUCUUCAGGUAACUCAGCCACGGGAUUUCUCAAAUAUGGUGCAAGGCAGCAAUCCUCACUGUUUUGAAAUAAUAACCGACACAAUGGUAUACUUCGUUGGAGAGAACAAUGGCAGCAGUCACCAUAGCCCUGUUUUGGCUGCUACUGGAAUUGGAUUGGAUGUAGCCCAGAGCUGGGAGAAAGCUAUUCGUCAGGCUUUAAUGCCAGUCACACCUGAGACCAGUACUUGCAUUGCUACAGGACAAGGAAAAGAUCACAAAGAAUUAUGUGUCAAUAUUUCUGUUUCAAAUUGCCAGAUCCAAGAAAAUGUGGAUAUAAGUUCAGUGUAUCAGAUCUUUGCUGAUGAGGUCCUUGGUUCUGGUCAGUUUGGAAUUGUGUACGGAGGUAAACAUAGGAAGACAGGAAGGGAUGUGGCAAUUAAAGUCAUUGAUAAAAUGCGAUUCCCUACAAAACAAGAAAGCCAGCUCCGCAACGAAGUGGCCAUUUUGCAGAAUUUGCAUCACCCUGGGAUUGUAAACCUGGAAUGUAUGUUUGAAACUCCUGAAAGGGUUUUUGUUGUGAUGGAAAAACUUCAUGGCGAUAUGUUAGAAAUGAUUCUUUCCAGUGAGAAAAGUCGGCUUCCAGAAAGAAUCACCAAGUUCAUGGUCACUCAGAUACUUGUUGCUUUGAGGAACUUACACUUCAAGAAUAUAGUGCACUGUGAUUUAAAGCCUGAAAAUGUACUAUUAGCAUCAGCAGAACCAUUUCCUCAGGUAAAACUGUGUGAUUUUGGUUUUGCACGCAUUAUUGGGGAAAAGUCCUUUAGGAGGUCUGUAGUAGGAACUCCAGCUUAUCUUGCCCCAGAAGUACUUAGAAGUAAAGGCUACAAUAGAUCGCUGGAUAUGUGGUCUGUGGGUGUCAUCAUCUACGUGAGCUUAAGUGGCACAUUUCCAUUUAAUGAAGAUGAAGACAUAAAUGAUCAGAUCCAAAAUGCAGCAUUCAUGUAUCCACCAAAUCCCUGGAAGGAAAUAUCUAGUGAAGCUACUGAUUUAAUAAAUAAUUUGCUUCAAGUGAAGAUGAGAAAACGUUACAGUGUUGACAAAUCACUUAGUCAUCCUUGGUUACAGGAUUAUCAAACUUGGCUUGAUCUUCGGGAGUUUGAAACUCGCAUUGGAGAACGUUACAUUACCCAUGAGAGUGAUGAUGCUCGCUGGGAAGAACAUGCAUAUGAACACAAUCUUGUAUAUCCCAAACAUUUCAUUAUGGCUCCUAAUCCAGAUGAUAUGGAGGAAGAUCCAUGAUUCAUUGGAAAAAGCAUUUUAACCAAGUUUUGAUACUUUGGAACAAUUGAUGCUUUUGGCUCUUCAGAUGAUUCAGUCUCUAAAACUGUGAAGGCAAGAUCCUGCAUCACUUUGUGGAUGGACAUCUGGGAACCAUUUUUAUCUCUCUAGUUUCUAUGAUUAUGAAUAUCAUCCAAGCACUGAGUUAAAAGCCAUGAAGUAUUUCUGUAAUAUUGCCUUAUUGGUACAUCACAGAGAUGUUACUGACAGCUUAUGUACACAGAGACUUGAUGUAUGGGAAUUUUCUUUUUUUUUUGUAAUUUACACAGUAAUAAUUUUUAAUGUUUUCUAGUAAAUAUUUAGGCAAAGAUAUUAUUUUCUGCUAUUUAGAUAACAUUUAUAAGGAAGCUAUAAAGAACCAUGAACGUAUAUGCCGUGACCAAAAACUAGAAAUAUGCAAAACUUUUCAUUCUGAAAUGUCUUGAGUACAAAACUUCAUGAAACUUUGCAAAUAUCCUUUUCAAGUGCGAAAUUAUUGUUUUGAAUGGGAAACAGGUAAUUUUGAAUAUUUUGAAUGUGUUUUGAGCAGUUUCAUGCUGUUGAAAGAAAAUCUGUUGCAUGCCUCUCCCAAAAACACUUGAUUAAAAAAAAAAUCCCUUUAACUGAUUAUUUGUAAGUGAACUGCAUAUACUUUGGAAAUGUAAAGAUGAUGGGAACCAAUAAUGCUGUUCAGACCAUUUAAGAUCUGAACACAGAGGCAUAUAAUUUAGUAAGACAGUUUGUUAAGCUAUGGGAAUGCAGAACAGUAAUAGUACCUGAAUACAAUACACACUGUACAAGUUACUGCAAGUGCAACAGGAACUUAAGUUGAAGUUCUGACAAUGUGUUCUCAUCUCUGCGGAUAGUUUUUUUUUUAAGUUGCAAGAUUCAUUGACCAUUUUAUUACCUAGGCCAGUGAUGGCGAACCUUUUAGAGACCGAGUGCCCAAACUGCAGCUCAAAACUCACUUAUGCAUCGUUGGGUGCCGGGUGGGUGUGGCCUAUUGGCUGGGUGUGGCCCAUUGGGUGGG